AUGGCGAAUGAAUUUGGUCCUCAAACAGAGAAUCAAAACCAGAUGAAUCAAGCGGAUUCACCUCUUGAUCCAUCAUUUGCAGAAACAAUGACUGGAGAUGUGGCGUCCAUUGUCAAUCGAUUGAUUAGCGAUCCUAGCAGUCCAUAUUACCUUCACUUUGGUGAUAUUACUGGAAUGCAACUCAUUUAUGAAGAAAGGCAGCGGGAGAUUAUAAAUAAAGGGCAGCAUAACAUUGUUGAUGCUGCUGCCUUUACCAGCAAAUUGAUUCCCAAGUAUAUAGGCAAUCGGAGAAUCAAUUCUCUAAAUCAAUCACACAGAAGAGAAAUGCUUGUCCGUAGCUAUUGUAGAAUGCUUGGGCACAUUAAAGGAAAAUGCUACAAACUUAUUGGUUAUCCUCCUGGUCAUAGACUUGCUAAAGACAGGAACUUAGUUGCUAAUGUUGUUAGUCAGACAUCUCGAGUUAGUGCUUAUGAGAUAACAAAUUCAUUGUCAAAUGUUACCAUAACACCAUAG